UUUCUAGUACCUCACUUUCCCAUUUCACCUGCCAUUUUAACUACGACGAUCAGCCAGCAAUCACUUUGUUCCGACAUGACGACUACCACCGCCACCCUGUCUUCCCCUUCUUCUUCGUCUGUUCCUCGUCGUUCUGUCUUCCUCGGUGUCGAUGUCGGUACCGGCAGCGCGCGCGCAGGCCUUUUUGAUGAGAUUGGAAAACUUCUGGGUUCUGCUAGCAGUCCGAUACAAAUUUGGAAAGAAGGCGAUUGUGUUGAGCAAUCUUCAACUGAUAUUUGGCUUGCGAUCUGCACUGCCGUUAAAAGAGCUUUAUCUAUUUCUGACAUUGCUGGUGAACAAGUAACUGGGAUGGGUUUUGCGGCUACAUGUUCUCUUGUUGCUGUGGAUUCUGAAGGUCAACCUGUGUCAGUAUCCUGGAGUGGUGAUACUAGGAGAAAUGUGAUAGUAUGGAUGGACCACAGAGCGGUAAAGCAAGCUGAAAGAAUAAAUUCCUGCAAUUCACCUGUAUUGCAACAUUAUGGUGGUUCAAUUUCUCCUGAAAUGAAGCCACCAAAGCUAUUGUGGGUGAAAGAGAAUUUACCAGAAUCUUGGUCAAUGACGUGGAGGUGGAUGGACUUGAGUGAUUGGUUGUCAUACAGAGCAACAGGAGAUGAUACUCGCAGUUUGCAAAUGUUUUGCAAAUGGACAUAUCUGGGUCAUGCACAGAUGCAGCACAUUGAUGAGAACAGCUCCGGAGACAUGGAAACCCAUCGCUGGGAUGAUGGCUUUUGGGAAGAGAUUGGUCUUCGUGACCUUGUGGAUGGGCAUCAUUCCAAAAUAGGAAGAAGUGUUGCUUUCGCUGGUCAUUCCCUUGGCAAUGGUCUGAGCCCCGAUGCUGCAAAGGAAUUGGGUCUUCUAGCAGGAACCCCAGUAGGAACAUCACUGAUUGAUGCUCAUGCUGGUGGUGUUGGAGUUAUGGAAAGUGUGCCCGACUCCAAAGCUAAUGAAUCUGAUGAUGAUGAUGAUGAUGAUGCCAUAUGCCGACGUAUGGUGCUGGUAUGUGGAACAUCCACCUGUCAUAUGGCUAUUUCAAAGAGCAAAUUGUUUAUCCCAGGUGUUUGGGGACCAUUCUGGUCAGCGAUGGUUCCUGAGUAUUGGCUUACAAUAGCAGGCCAAAGUGCGACUGGUUCUCUAUUGGACUACAUAGUUGAUAAUCAUGUUGCAUCCUCACAUUUGGCGAACCGUGCUGCUUCCGAAAAUAUUUCUCUGUUUCAAAUGUUGAACGACCUAGUAGCACAAAUGAUGCGUGACAUGGAGACUCCAUUUGUUGCUGCUUUAACUGCUGAUCUACAUAUACUUCCUGAUUUCCACGGUAACAGAUCUCCUAUUGCUGACCCAAAUGCAAAAGGAAUGAUCUGUGGCUUAAGUCUUGAUACAAGUGACAGACAGUUGGCUCUUCAAUACUAUGCUACUGUACAGGGCCUUGCAUAUGGUACACGUCAUAUCAUAGAGCAUUGCAAUGAGCACGGACACAAAAUUGAUACAUUGCUAGCCUCCGGUGGACUUUCAAAGAAUGCAUUGUUCAUUCAAGAACAUGCCGAUAUCAUUGGUUGUCCGAUAAUUCUUCCACGGGAAAGUGAGUCGGUACUAUUAGGUGCUGCUAUUCUUGGUGCUGUUGCUGCAAAGAAAUAUUCUGGGAUCAGGGGGGCCAUGAAGGCACUUAAUGCAGCUGGCCAGGUCAUUCAUCCAUCGGAAGAUCCGAGAGUGAAGAAGUACCAUGAUGCGAAAUACCAGAUAUUCAGGCAGCUUUACGAACAACAGCUCUCUCAACGUGCAAUCAUGGCUGAUGCGUUGUCUUAGAUUUUCUAAACACUAAUCCUCGUAAAUAUGCAUAUGGAGAGAACUGUCAUCGUAGACAUAACAAGCAAGGCUAACUUGGGUCAGACUUACCUAUACGUCUCCCUAUUAUUAUUUAUUAAGUACUAUUGGUAUUAUUAUUAUUAGGAAACUAAUAUAUUUUAUGAUACAUUUAUUAUUAUUUUUAUUAUUUAGUUAGCUUGACAACCAAGCUAUAGGAUUGGUAUAAGGGAGAUGAUAUGUGCGCCACCUGUUUUUGACCGUACACCACCAAAUGUGUUUUAGAGUGUUGUACAGUACAACAUUGUAUAGCAUGUUUGGUGGUGUCCGGUCAAAAUUUAGUGGUGUACAGAUCACUUCCCUUGGUAUAAAUAUAAUAUUAGGGCUGUAAUUAUGAGGUGUAGAUUAUUAUAUAGAAUUUUAUUGUUAUUGUUA